UUUCCAUUUUUUCUCCCACUAUACACACAUUUCUUCUUCUUUCUUCUCUUCUUCUAUUACAUUUUCAUAUCUAGUGUUUAUACGAAACUAUGAUGUCAAGUGAAAAAAUAAGAGAAGUAGGAGAAGGAUCAUCAUCAAUUGGUGGUGUUAUUACUAUAACACCACCCCCUAAUAACCAUCAUCGUCAGUCGUCGUUAUCAUCAUCAUUACCAUCAACGCCACAAUUAAGUCGAUACGAGUCGCAGAAACGUCGUGAUUGGAAUACUUUCGGUCAGUACCUGAAAAAUCAACGACCACCCGUAUCGUUACCUCAGUGCAACUACAACCAUGUGUUAGAUUUCCUUCGAUACCUGGACCAAUUUGGAAAGACUAAAGUUCACUUACACGGUUGUCUAUUUUUCGGGCAACCCGAACCUCCCGGCCCGUGCACGUGUCCACUAAGACAAGCAUGGGGAAGCUUAGAUGCCCUAAUUGGAAGACUUAGGGCAGCUUAUGAAGAAAAUGGCGGUUUGCAAGAAACUAACCCUUUUGCAAGUGGUGCUAUACGUGUUUAUUUAAGAGAAGUGAGAGAUUCACAAGCUAAAGCAAGAGGAAUUCCAUAUAAAAAGAAGAAAAAGAAAAAGAGGCCAAAUUUGCAAAUUAAGGCUAGUAACAACAAUGAAGGUGCUACUUCUUCAAGUUUUCAACUACAAUCUACUUGAUUAUCCAUCUCAUCGAGAUCAUCGAUAUAAAAAAGGGUAAAAAUUUUAAACUUUUAAUUUUAAUUAAUAAGAGUAUUUGCUUUGUUAUGUAUUUAAUUAAUAUAGUGCUAUACAUAUAAAAUACUUUUGAAUUAAGGUAUUUUAAUUUUUAUAUGAUGCUUGGAUUAUUGGAAAUAUUGUUGUUAGUAGAUAUUAUGGAUUAUUAUAUCGGGAAAAUAUUCAUUUAAUGAGCUUGACAUGG